AAUGAAUUCUUUAAAUGCUCUUGUUAAUGGAAUUAAUUUCAUUUUUUAUUGUUUGUUACUAGUAUAUGGAAAUAUAGUUCAAGGAAUGUCUAUUCAAGUGUUUCACCCAUUUUUUUUUUCAAAGAUUUACUUAUUUUUAUACAAGAACUGGGGUACAGGCCAGACGUGCGGGAGGGUGAGCGGAUUCACCAGAGACAGAGCAGGGAGCAGAACAGGCAGACAACAGAGGGGAGCAGUGGGCGUGACAGGAGAGGUCUGCCGCGCCAUGUGGGAUGGAACCCACACUGCAGAGGCUGCAGACAGCUUCACAGCACAGCGUUCAACCUGCUGCACCACCGGGGAGGCCUGCCCAUUUUUUAUUGGGUUAUUGUAUAUUUUACUAUGUAAUCAUCUUGUAACCUACAACUUCGCUGAACUUAUUUAGCUGUGAUUGUGUGUGUGUGUGUGUAUGUGUGUGUAUUCCUUAGGAUUUUUAAUAUACAAAAUCAGGUCAUCCACAAAUACAGAUUGUUUAACUUCUUCCUUUCCAUUCUGGAUGAUUUUUCCCCCCUUGCCUAAUUCCUCUGGCAAUUCAUAGAUGCCUUUCAUCAAGUUGAGAUAUUUUCUUUAUUAAGAAUUUAUGGAGUGUGUUUUAUCAUGACAAGAUGUCAGACUUUGAGAAAUAGCCUUUUAGGUAUUUAUUGAGAUAACUGUGGAGUUUUUUCCCUUUGUAUUAAUGUGGUAUCUUAUGUAGAUUGAUAUUCAUAUGCUGAACCAACCUUGAAUUCGGGGGAUAAAUCCCACUUAGUCAUUCAUUACCUCCUCUUUGGAUUAAACAUGUCUUAAAUCUCAGCAGCGCUUUCUCCAAAAAACUUAAGUAGUAUUUGUAAACUGUAUUUCCAUACUUCCCAUUGUGCCAGCUGCCUUAGCUGCAUUUCAGUUUAAUCUCAGAGCAACUUUACAUGGGAUUAAAUGAGAUCCCAUUUAAAGUGAGAUAUUGUUCCCAUUUUACAGACGAGAACAUGACACUUAGAGAAGUUGUGUGGCUUGGUGGGUGGGAUACUCCAGCCUGUUACACGCUUAAGCCUCUCUGUCUGCAUGGAGUGAUGACUCCCCACUGCAGGCCUGCCUCUUCUACCUUGGUGUCCUUCUGAAACUGGCAGUGUCCUUUGACUCCAGAGUGAGAAGGUGAGACUUUUCUAGCUUGAUGAGCAGUAAACACGGAUGCCUUGUUUUCUUUCUCAUCCUCCAGCGCCACCUUCUCCAGAUGCUGACCUUUCUCCAGAGGAGCGCACAGGAGAGGAAGGGAUGGCAGCUGGUCUCCUCAUGGGUGGGCCCCGUGGAUCCAUGCCCUUCGGUGCGAGCCUCGCUUUUACCCAGAAGGCGUGGAGGCCCUCGGUCCCUGCUGCAAGGGGCAGGCUCAAGGAUGACACGGCCAGGAACCUGGUCCUGCUUGGACUUCCCGUUUCCCAGCCUGGCGUGAACUCCCAGCUGGAACAAAGGGAAAGCCCGUGGGUGCUGGAGGGAAAAGGCCUAAGAGGUACCUGUCCGGACUGGAAGACCACACCCGCCGAACCACUGCCUGAGCAAGACGUUUCUGAAGACUCGCUCCAAGAUGCAAGAGCUGAGCUGCCCCCCUGGGAGCUGGGGGGGAGCCUCAGCCUGAGGCCAGUCCUUUCUGCACAACAGCGAACCCCUGCCCAGGUGAGCCCCCAGAAAUGUGAAAUGCACACCAGGAGCGUCAGGAGGAACGCCGCGGGAGAGACAGCUCACCGGACGCAGCCGUACACGUGUAGCGAGUGCGGCAAAGCCUUCAGCUACUGCUCCUCCCUCUCUCAGCACCAGAAGAGCCACACUGGGGAGAAGCCCUAUGAGUGCAACGAGUGCGGGAAGGCCUUCAGCCAGAGCUCGUCUCUCAGUCAGCACCAGAGGAUCCACACUGGAGAGAAGCCUUACAAAUGCAGUGACUGUGGCCGAGCCUUCAGCCAGAAUGCCAACCUCACCAAGCACCAGCGAACUCACACCGGAGAAAAGCCCUACAAAUGCGGCGAGUGUGAGAAGGCCUUCAGUGACUGCUCGGCCCUCGUUCAGCACCAGAGGAUCCACACGGGCGAGAAGCCCUACGCGUGCAGCGACUGCGGGAAGGCCUUCCGCCACAGCGCCAACCUCACCAACCACCAGAGGACGCACACGGGGGAGAAGCCCUACCGCUGCGGCGAGUGCGGGAAGGCCUUCAGUUACUGCGCGGCGUUCAUCCAGCACCAGAGGAUCCACACGGGCGAGAAGCCCUACCGGUGCGGUGCCUGCGGGAAGGCCUUCAGCCAGAGCGCCAACCUCACCAACCACCAGAGGACGCACACGGGGGAGAAGCCCUACCAGUGCGGCGAGUGCGGGAAGGCCUUCAGUCAGAGCACAAAUCUCAUUAUACACCAGAAGACCCACACCGGGGAGAAGCCCUACAAGUGUAACGAGUGUGGGAAAUUCUUCAGCGAGAGCUCCGCCCUCAUUCGACAUCACAUCAUCCACACUGGCGAGAAACCCUACGAGUGCAACGAGUGCGGGAAGGCAUUUAACCAGAGUUCAUCCCUUAGUCAGCACCAGAGGAUCCACACGGGCGUGAAGCCCUACCAGUGCCGCGAGUGUGGGAAGGCCUUCAGGUGUAGCUCGGCCUUCAUUAGGCAUCAGAGACUCCAUGCUGGAGAGUGACUGGGAACCUAACGGCAGUGGAUCGGGACAGGUAAGUGCAGGUAGUUUGAAAGCAUCUGCAGGUACUUUUUGUAGUCUGUACCCCAGAGUCACAUGCAACAGCACCUUUAAUAAAGUUGCUUUUUAACAUGUUUCAUGUGGGAGGUCUGCUUUCUCCUUAGCAGCCUCAGUGAGCAUAAACUGGCCCAUUCAGAUCAGUUUUAGACAUACAGUGCAUCAUGCCAAAGUCCAUUUCGUGUAGCAAGCACUCCAGAACCCAGCCUGUAAGGAAUGCCAGCCAGCCAGCCAGGAGCCUGGUUCUCAAGCACUGGAUGGUCUUGGCAGUGCGUGUGGUCUGGAAUGGGCUGUUACAAAAUGAGAACAGAGAUCAAUGGCCAAGAACGGGCAUUUCCUAGAAUCCCCUAGGGGGGCUGCAGAUACACCCAAGGCUGGGGAAGGCACUGCUGAGCUAGUUAAAGCUGUAGGGAAAACAUGGCGCAGUAAGGUGGAAGAUUUCAAGCUGUAAGACUGGGGCAAUCUGCUGACCGUGGUCUCCCUGGCUUAGUGGGUCCCCGCGUUUGCUUUCUUGCUCAGAGGUCCCUUUCCUUUAGAUCAAGACCACCACCUGGUCAGCCGGCUUUCUCCAUUGCCUUGGCCUAAGUCCUCCUUAACGUGUAUUCCUGCACCCAGCUAGAGACCUUAUCAGCAUUAAAUGCUAAGCUUAACAGCUGUUAGCCAGCACCCCCAAACCUUUGACUGGUCUCUUCAACACGGGUGUGUUCCCAAACCCAAAACUGGGACUGAAGGCCACCACCUACUUUCAAGUGCCCAGUGACAAAAAGACUGCUCUGGGGAGACAGUUCUUGGGCAGUCACUUCCAACUCCCUUUAGGGGAGUGUCCACAAAGCCCUUCCAGGUGGGGCGCUUCCAGCUGGCCUGGUUUCUGAAGUUCUUCCCUUUGUUACAUAGCAAUGGGAAAGAAAGUUCAUUGAAGUGAGAACUAAGGACCAGCUCGGAAAAGGUGAAAAACAUGAGCAAGUAGUGACUGGACUAGAGUGAGCAUGUUGAGAGCACAAGGGGCUGCAAGUCAGCUGCACAGUGGAACCCCGUGGCGGAGCUCAGGUUCCUCAUCGUACCAUAUGGAGGUUCUGAGCUCCAGCUGGGUGGAGAGGAAAGCCUGGCACUGAGGGUCACCCAGAGAGGAAAUCUGGUGCACAAAGCUUCCUCCCCAUUUCUUUUCAGAACAAGUCCACCCUCUGGCCAAGAGCUUUUCCUCACAAGGGGCUCCAUGCACAAAGAAGCAGAGACCCGCCUUCUAGGUCUUCUCUAUACAGGACAGAAAUCUUGUCAUCCCAAGGACCGUGUUACCCAGAUUGCUUUCCCCAUGGAUUCUGCCACCUUGGCCCCAUCAGACCUGGCUCCCUCCCGCCCAAAGAAGAGGCCACAUCAAAAUGUCCACUGUCAAAUGAUCCUUUAUUGUGAUUUUCCUUGAUUUUUCUUAACUCUGUGGGAUGAAAAAAGAAUCCAAUCAACAAAAGGACUAAAGUUCUUUUCCUCCCAACUCUUAGCAAUUUUUGUAACUUUCCAACUCAUCUCCGUGAAUGCAUCAACUUCCCCCCCACCCCAAGUGUUAGCAGGAGGCCUGACGCAGCUCACUUACGGCAGGGCACUCCACUGCGCCGCUGUUGAUGUCAUCGAUGAUGUCGUGAGGGUGGCGGCCAUCAACGUUGCAGCCCACGGACUGGGCGGUACCAAGGAUCUCUUUAAUGGUGCCUGGAAUCCAGCAAAGUAGCCUCAGGUUGAUAGGUCUCACAGUUCCCAGACUGAGGGGGUUAGGAUUAGGGGGGUGGUUGUGUUGAGCUUCACCGCAGACAAGGAGAUAACCUAGUUCACGGAGUAUCUAACACCUCCCUAAGCCAGCACCUCACGAUCUGUGUAUACUUACGAAGCAGUUCGAUUACUCACACCAAGCCCAAGCUGGUCGCCAUCUCAACCCAGUCUUGUCACUGGCUGAAGUGAGGAAGGUACUGCACCCCUAUCCUGGGCCUUAGAGUAACCUCUCCCUCUUGGGAAAACUCGACCACUCAGAUGCACCCCACGAAACAAUGUGGUUCUCGCUCUUACCAGAGAGUUCUCUAGCUAAAGAUCGGUGCCGCAUCUGCCGAGCUAUGCUGACAAUCUCGUCGAACGUGAUAUUCCCACUGUGCUUAACUGCAGAGAAAAAAGCAAGUCUGCUCACAACCCUCGGCCAGAGCAGACCAGUAAUAUCCUUCCCUCAUCCAUCUUAAAGGUGUUCCCAUGCUUUCGGCACAGAGUCAUCCACAUGAAGAACAACCCUGUUUCCUAAGCUGGGGUUCGCUAUCAGCUCACCACUGGAUUGCACCAGCCAACAGACCUGGUCAGGCGCAGUGGCGGGUGGCUAGGGGCAAAGCCAGGUAGCUUCCAUGGGAGGUGUAGACACGAGCUUACGCUAUAGGGUCAGAAUGUCACCCAGCUCAGAAAUGGCCUUGAGAUUACUGGCUGUUAUUCUUGGUAGUGCCUGGCUCUGAAAAGCUUGAGCAUCAAACCUCUGCAACCCCAAAAACCUACUGCUAUGGACCACCCUGGGCAGACCACACCCUCCAACUAUAACCAAUUAGCAGGGAAGGGGCCACUCACUGUUCUUCUGCUUCUUCCUGUCCCUCGGUGGUUCCUUGAGCGCUUUGAUGAUGAGGGCAGAGGCUGAAGGUACCACCUCAAUCUGCAUUAGACAUUCUCAAUGUGAAUAAACUGCCCCACCCUGGUUCUCAGUGACAACGGGCCACUAGGUUUAUUCAAUCCACACUGGAUUAACUUAAGUAAUUUUCCAUCUGAAACAUUUGGCUCACGCUCUUGAAAAAACCUUCCCCACCAAGGCAAAAUUGCUUCCUGCUCCUCACCACUGGCAGCAGGUGCAUUGCCAGCAAAAACCACCCACCCAGGAAUCCCAGAGGGUUGCUACCUCUGGCCUCCCCCCAGCCAAGUACCUGGGCCUGUCUGUUUUGAAUGGUGAGUUUCACUGUUAUCCUCAGCCCCUUCCAAUCACCAGUUGCCUUGGCAAUGUCAUCACCAACUUUUUUUGGAGACUGUAGAAAUAAAAAUCUCGUUGCGCCCAAAGUUGAAGUACAACUUACAAUCCACCCAGUCCUUUCCACUUGGCAACAGCCCCAAAA